AUGCCGGGAAUGGGCCCUAAGCUGGGCCAUUUGGAUCCUUGUAGCUGCCACCGUGGAUGGCGGUGGGCUCCUAGCAGCAACUUCCUGUGCUCUGGUGAUGGUGACUUCCGAGAGCCUGUGACUGAAGUGCCGCAGAGGAACACCAGGCUGGGAUGGGUCCGGGGAAAGCAAGUCACAGUUCUGGGAAGUUCCACACCUGUGAAUGUGUUCCUUGGAAUCCCCUUUGCCAUGCCCCCUCUGGGACACCUAAGAUUUGCAAACCCAGAGCCAGCAAUGCCCUGGAAUGACUUGCGAGAGGCCACUUCCUACCCUCCAUUAUGUUUCCAGAACUUGGAGUGGAUAUUAUUAAAUCAGCGCAUUCUCAAGGUGCAUUACCCUAAACUUGAAGUGUCGGAAGACUGCCUAUACCUUAACAUCUAUGCACCAGCUCAUGCAAAUGCGGGCUCCAAUCUCCCUGUCAUGGUGUGGUUUCCAGGGGGCGGCUUUGAGAGUGGCUCAGCCUCCAUCUUUGAUGGGUCAGCUCUAGCUGCCUAUGAAGAUGUGCUGGUCGUGACCACCCAGUACCGGCUAGGAAUAUUUGGCUUCUUCAACACAGGGGACCAGCACGCCCCAGGGAACUGGGCCUUCAUGGACCAGUUGGCUGCCCUUUCCUGGGUCCAGGAGAAUAUCAAAGGCUUUGGUGGGGAUCCAGGCUCUGUGACCAUCUUCGGCGAGUCAGCGGGAGCCAUAAGUGUUUCUAGCCUUGUUCUGUCUCCCUUGGCCAAGAGCCUAUUUCACAAAGCCAUCAUGGAGAGUGGGGUGGCCAUCACGCCUAACCCAAAGAAACUUGAUGAGUCGAGGAAGGAUUUGCAGAUCAUUGCUGAUGUCUGUGGCUGCAAUGCCUCAGACUCCAAGGCUCUUCUGAAUUGCCUGAGGACAAAACCCUCCACUGAGUUGCUGAACCUUGGCCAGAAAACAAAGUCUUUUGAUCGAGUGAUUGAUGGCGUUUUUUUCCCUGAUGAGCCUUUAGAACUAUUGUCUCAAAAAACAUUCAAAGCAGUGCCUUCUAUCAUCGGAGUCAACAACCAUGAGUGUGGCUUCAUGCUGCCCAUGCAGGAGAUUCCUGAGACCCUCAGUGGCUCCAACAAAUCUCUUGCCCUUCACGCGAUACACUCUCUCCUGCACAUCCCCAUCGAAUAUUUGCAUGUUGUAGCUAAUGAAUACUUCCUGGGACAACAGUCUCCGAUUGAAAUCCGAGAUAGUUUACUGGAAUUGCUUGGAGAUGUGUUCUUUGUGGUCCCUGGGCUGGUCACAGCUCGAUAUCACAGAGAUGCUGGUGCACCUGUUUACUUCUAUGAGUUUCAACACCGGCCCCAGUGCUUUGAAGAUACAAAACCAGCCUUUGUCAAAGCAGACCACUCUGAUGAAAUCCGCUUUGUCUUUGGAGGUGCCUUUCUGACGGGGGAUAUUGUCAUGUUUGAAGAAGCUACACAAGAGGAGAAAUUGCUGAGCAGGAAGAUGAUGAAAUACUGGGCUAAUUUUGCUCGGAGCGGGAAUCCUAAUGGGAAUAAUCUGCCUCUGUGGCCGGCCUACAAUCACACAGAACAGUACCUGAUGCUGAAUUUGAACGUCAGCCUUGGACAGAGACUGAAAGAGAAAAGAGUGGAAUUUUGGACUAAUAUUGUCCCUCUGAUCAUGUCAGCUUCUGAAGCUCUUCUCAAACCUCUUUCUUCCUUAAUUUUCUUUUCUUUACCCGUGCCCUUCUUUUUCUCAUUUGCUCCUUAGGAGUACUCUUUUUCAUGAUAUUGAUUUUUCUUGUAUCUCAAAGUUCUUGUUCUCCUCCUUGUUCAAAGUUUCCUUGUUCUCCUUCCAUCACUAGCUUCAUUCUUGGUUUAGCUGAUUUCUGCUGGGGAUCUUUGUGGAAUAAACUGCUCAGCCUAUGUGUCAUGGACUUAAGGAUUAUCCCCAUGAAAUUCUUUUCAACAUCAAGGAAUGCAAUUGUCCUGGAAGGCAACAAGAUUUCCUCAAAAAGUCUGGAGGAGGGCGAGCCCAUUAGCUGUCACAAUACGCUGCUGUUAUUCAUAUAAAAUAAA